AUGACCGAUAAUGCCCUACCACCCAGAUGUCCGUGUUGUCAUCAACAGCAGCAUCCUCUUUACUGCGCCGCUUGUCUCAGAGAAGGAAUCGCUCUUCAUAAUGAGGCCCUGAAGAACAUACAAGCGCAAAUCGAUUCAAUCAUCGCCAAUGCUGCGAUCCUGCUUAAUGGUUCACAAAACUCAACAAGCUCUAGAAAUAUCAUCCGAGGUCAAAACGCUUGGAGGACAGUAAGAGCAGAGAUGGAUGAGAAGGAACAAAGGUGUGCAGAGCUCAGAAGAGCUAUCAGAAAUAGAGAGAGCAAGAUCGAAACAAUCAGAGAAGCUGUCAACGUAUUCGGAUUGAAGAAGAAAUCGAUCGGGGAAUGGACGAUAGCAGGAUUAACACUCCCAAGUCCGGAUGCUCUGAGACUAUCCCUCAUCACCUCGUAUCUAUCGAUAACCCUCCCUUUCACCCCGACACCCCCUCCUCCCUUCGAGUCACGCCAUAUCGGUCGACCCACAAUGAAAGCGAACACGCCGUUUGUAGGUACGACCAAGUGGAGGGAUAAGAAUGUGCUCUGGAUGUCCAGCACCGCAUCAAUAGCCAGUAAACUCAAAUCUCGUAGUUCACUCUCAGCAAGCAAAGUCUUCGCUCAACCCAAUAUCUCUGGGAUCAUCGCUAAAUCCAUGAACAAACAUCGACAAUUCCUCACUUCUUUUGCUCUAUUCUCAUUCUCGGUGGCUUAUAUGGCCUGGUCUCAAGGUGUACAAGGAAUCGGAAUACCAGAUGGGCAAGAUUAUCGAGAUGAUUCGGAUGAAGAUAACCCAAGUCGAACGGCGUCAAUCAAUCCAGAUUCGAUAUUGAUUUCGGCCACAUCGAUCCUUGAGCUGAUCGCAGCAAUGUCCUCUUCCCAUGAUUUGGGUCGAAGAACUCACGAACCGGGUACGAGUCAUGUCUUACGACAUCUUGGAUUUGGCUUGGACGUUGCUAAAGUUGUCCAAAGUGUCUUGAGCUCAGAAGAAAAUCGAUGGGGUGUCAAACCAACAGAGGGAUCAGGGGAAGAUCUUAGCGAAGGUUGGGACCUCUUGGAUGGUGAAUAG